UACAGCUCUGCAGAGCUCAUUAGUUGGUCAAUUCAUUUGACAGACGAGAGAGACGAGAUUGCAGUUCCCACUGAACCAUGAGGGCAAAGUUGGAGGUCUUCGCCCUCGUCCUGGGCUUCAUCGGCCUGUUUGGGACAAUAACUACCACUGCACUGCCCACGUGGAAGGUCUCAGCCUUUAUUGGUGCCAAUCUUGUUGUCAUGGAGGAUCUCUGGGAGGGCUUGUGGAUGAACUGCUGGAGACAAGCAGACAUCAAGAUGCAGUGCAAGAUGUAUGAGUCAAUGCUAAUCCUCCCACCGGAGCUGCAGGCAUCCAGGGGACUCAUGGUUGUCUCCAUAAUUCUGGUCGUCAUCUCCUUGUUGAUCACAGGAUGUGGGACCCGGCAGAGCAAGUGUUGGGGUGACAACAUAAAGGGCAAGAACGUCACCCUGGCCCUAGGGGGUGGUUUGUAUCUGCUGUCCUGUUUGACCACACUCAUCCCCGUCAGCUGGGUUGGCUUUACUGUCAUCAAUAACUUCUACAACCCACUGUUUAGUGAUGCUCAGAAACGGGAGCUGGGGAGCGCCCUCUUCAUAGGCUGGGCCACUUCUGGUGUUUUGCUGAUCACUGGGAUCCUCAUUCUGUUCAGUUACAGCAAACGUGCAUCAAAGGAUGAAGAGCCCUACGCUGAUGCACAUCUGCUGGCAGUGAGGGAAUCACAGAAAGAGGGUAGCGUCUACUUGCAGCGGACGCCGUCCAGCUUUCACAAACAUCAAGAAUAUGUGUAAAGAACUGUACCUGUAACUGCAAUGUGCAAAUUCCAUUUUUACAUGUCUCUAAUGUUUCUAAUGUAAAAAGGAUGCUGCCUGAGGUCACAACAUCAUGUCAAGGGUGUGCAAAUUAUGUAUUCAUGUAUUUGUUUUUACAAUGUAUGUACACAUUUUAAGUCACUGUGACUGUUAAAGUGAUGACUGUACUUUGUAUACUCAUUGAACUAUAAAUGUUCUUAUCUACAUUGUUUGUCUUCUUCCCAAAUCCUUCACAGUUGCAACAAAACAUUGAGUUAUGUGUUUUAUUUGUUUAACAUAUAAAACUAUUCAUAACUGGACAUGUUUAUAUGCUGUUAAUUUAAGAGAUACAAUUGUUUUGGGGUUUUUUUGCAAUUGAGUAUGGUCAUGUUGUUUUUAUUGUACUUUUACGUUUACAUUUUUGUCAU